AUGGCAGACGUCACCGGUCCUAAGGCUUGUCACACGACAGGCGACGCAUCUGGGGAAGACUUGCAGAGUUUUCCUCUUCCGAAUCCAGGAGUUCUUCCAAAUCCGAUAGUGGACGAUUUGAAAGCAAACCAUUUGAAUAAAGGUGUCUUGAUUCCACUCAAGACAACACAAGAAGUCCGUCAAGACCACUCAACGAUCCAGGCAUACAUUACACGGGCUCCAACAAAGUCUGCCAACGACGUCAUAACAGCUUUGCGAGCACUGCGACCAGAGGGUGGUGCUAAUCCCCUACCCCAUCUUCGGACCUGCGCAAAGCCAACGGAUUUACCUGCGCAUCUUAAGACGCAAUUUAUGAAUGAUGACCCAGUUGGUCGUCAAAUUCAUACGGCAAAGUCCACCUGGAUCUAUAUCAUCGCUGGCGAAGCCAGGGAAGUCAGCAGAGAGGACAUUAUUCUGGCCUUGUCGGGAAUAGAAGCGCUGGGGAAUAAACCGUUCAUCGCCGCCAUUACUAUUCCCCUGCUGGCGCCCACGUCCCAGGUUCAGGCAGCAUUGUGGUCGUCUCAAUAUUGGCCGACCGUUUACCGAAAGAACAACCCUCUCGGUCCUCAUCCUAGCAUGGUGGGUCGCGGAACGGACGAGAUAAAAGAGGACGCUUCACUAUGGAUGGCCCUGGCCCAUCGAGUCGCCUUGCAAGCAAAAGCGGCGGGGAUCGGAGAAGCCAUGGGAGCUGUAAUUGUCCAGAGAGGAGAAAAUGGAGCCGAGUUGGUUGGUCUCGCAGGCGAUGCCCGGAAACAUCAAGAAUGCAACGGGGCAAUCCUUAACAAUACCUUGACUCACUGUGUGCUUCGGGCUAUCAGCAUGGUGGCCCAAAAGCUCGUACGGCACGAGCACCGAGAAGCCGGCAUAGCUUCUGAAGCGGCAAAUCUGUAUUACGACUGUUUUCAAGACAAGCCCUUGAUUGAGCUGGAACGCCAGUGUUUUGAACAAGACCAUCCAAACAAGGAUGGAUACCUUUGCCACGGAUUGGAGCUGUAUGUCACGCAUGAGCCGUGCGUCGCCUGCUCUAUGGGCAUACUUCAUUCCCGUAUGGGCAAAGCGGUGUUUUGCCAUCACAUGGGUCGCACUGGUGGAUUGGGUUCAGAUGAUCGUUCGGAUGGAGGUGGACGAGGGUUGGGAUUAUUCUGGAGGAGGGAGCUCAAUUGGAGCUUGUUAGCCUGGGCAUGGGAACGUGAAAACGUACCCCAACUCCCUCCCAUCGACCCAACCACUCAUGUUUAG